ACUGCUAACGAAGUGGCCACCAAGUAGCCACCUCACAGUCAGACCAGCCCAAGAUGCCUUUGUGGUUAUACGAGGCGAUGUGAGCACUUCAGACUCUAGAGGUCUCCGUCCAGCAUGCAACAACAUCCACCUAUCCAGAUUCUGCCCCUCACGUUCUAGUGCAGCGGACAACGGUAUAGGAGAAGACCGCUCAGAGCCACGGAGACAGAGGGAACCUGAGGGAUGCACGCUUCCCGAACGAGACAGAAAGAACGGGAACUUUGAUUUGACGCGAGGCUGAUAAAAUUACGAUAAUAUAGAGCUACAUUCCAUAGUGAAGGGAUGCAUUGACAUUUCGAGUGUUCAAAAAUGAUGUCCUUGGUUCCCUGCUCAUUGUAGAUUAUAUUUAAUGUAUCUCUCCUAUUUCUGAUGUGCUACUUCAUUGUGACUGUACACUUGGGUCACCCGCAUGAAUUUUAAGGCAACCGGAGCGCAUUGUUUCCAGCUUCGUUUCAUGGGAUUUCCAGUCGUGUCGGGUGCCGUGAUGUCUGCCACAUUUCGCUCUUUGUUUCUGGCGCUGCUGAGCCUGCUGACGGCUGGCGCCCAGACAGAAAUGAAGAGGGUUGUCGGAGACAACGCCACCCUGCCCUGCCACCAUCAGUUCUGGCAGUCCAACGCGCAGUUGCUCGACAUCGAGUGGCUACUGCAGAAGCCCAACUCCAAGCAGAGAGUGAUCAUUACGUUUUUCGGUGGCCAGGUGUACACCAAUGAGGUGACCAGCGAGGCCAGUCGUCUGUCUUUCGCAGGGGACUACCUGAAAGGAGACGCCUCCCUGCUCCUCAGUGACCUACAGCUGACGGACUCUGGAGAGUACUACUGCAAGGUCAAAACGGGGGGAAAGUACCACUGGAGCCAGGUUAACCUCAUAGUCCUGGUGAAGCCCUCUAAGCCACGAUGUUGGAUGGACGGCAGGCUGUUAGAGGGCAGUGACGUUAAACUGAGCUGCAAAUCCAGUGACGGCUCAGACCCUAUCAAAUACAAUUGGGGGAGGGUGCUGGAUAAGGGAAAGAGUGUUGGGAAACUCCCCCUACUGGCACUGAGAGAUCUGAAGAAUCCAGAGAUCGUCACCCUGCGGAACCUGACGAAGGACAGUACAGGUUUCUACAAGUGCACCGCCAGCAAUGAUGUGGGCGAGGAGAACUGCAUCAUCGAGGUCACCAUGCAGUAUGUUCGAGGGAUGGGCGUGCUGGCAGGUGCCGUGGUGGGCGUCUCCUUUGGUGUUCUCCUCAUCAUCCUAAUCAUCUGGCUCGUCUUCCGCAAGAAGGAGAAGAAGAAGUAUGAGGAGGAGGAGACUCCCAAUGAGAUCAGGGAGGAUGCAGAGGCUCCCAAGGCCAAGCUGGUGAAGCCCAACUCCCUGUCCUCAUCCCGCUCUGGCAGCUCCCGCUCCGGGGCCUCCUCAACACAGUCCAUGGUGCACAACACCGCACCCCGCGGGCACCGCCCUCGCCUCCCAGCCAUUGCUGCCCUUAAGGAGAACGGACAGCCCCCUGACUUCCCACAGUCCCCCCCAGCCUACACCACAGUGGUACCACCCAACAAGACCCCUGAGCCCCCCGGCACCCCCAAAUACAACAUCAACUCCAGGAACCAGAUCUCUGGGCCCACUCCCCCAACUCUCAUGGUCCCUGCCCAGAACAAGGCCUUUCAAACUGUGUAGGAAGUAGAAGAGAGUCCAUCCUGGCUGUGUUGAAGCAUAAGACCCACCCCUCCCCCCACCCCUUCAAAGACACAAACUCUUCUGUUAAACAACGAAAUGCAACUAGUAAAAGGAUGUAAUUAAAAUAAUAAUUAAUAGAAUCCCAAAACUUUUAAUGAAUGCAUACUUAAAAAGGGAAAAUAAGAAAUGCUUGCCCCCUACUGAAUAAAAAACAACUAAACUAAACUAAAAACCUGAGACAGAACAUUUCUGUUUAUGUCUCUCGGCUAAAGAACUUAUUUUUACACUUUUCUUUCAACUUUGAAGGCAUGGGAAGCAGUGAGCGAGCGCUGUGUGCGGUGAGGUGGAAGGAAAACCAGAGUGGAGCUUUUAUUUAUUUAUCAAAUCAAAAGGACGGGAGGAGUGCAGAGAAAAAGGAAGAAAGAAGGGAUGGGAUGAGAAAAGAGAGAUCCAAAGUCAGAGCCAGGUGCCGACGGAGGGAUGAGGGCAUGGAAUACUGAGAGAGAACAAGCCUUGUGGUGUCUCUGACUCAUCCAACCACACCAAUCCAAGCAGGCAGACACAUUGGAGCUUCCCGCUACAAACCACACACCCAACAACACCCCUAGCCCUCUGACAGAUAGCCGACUGUUUUCCCUGUGAGGAGAGAAACCGUUAGAUCACCCCUCCAAACCACAGGCGGCCAGUGGCACCUUAUUUGAGGAGGACGGGCUCAUAGAAAUAGCUGGCAUGGAGUAAAUGAAAUGGUAUCGAACACAUCAAACACAUGGGGAAUUUCUCAAUAUGCAUACUACCGUACUCUACACUCUCAUGCUCCGAGUGAUGUUCUCUCAAGUACGUUCUUGUGAGGACGAGAGUGUGGAGAACACAUACAAUUAUUUUUUGAGAAGAAUUAUAUUUGAGAAGCACUCCCACUCCCCCUACUGUAUUACCUCACACUGCAUCUCCCCAAUCACUGAACCUUUUCCAGCCAGGACAAUGGCAACAAUAGACGCAACAAGAUAUACAUAAAACAAAUGUUUUACCUAAUAAUUAUCAACUAGAUAUAUGUGAAUCGUAGUACUCUAGUUAGCCACAUAGUUUAACAGGCAAAAAUGACCUAAAACGAAUGUUAUGCAAGGUAGAUGUUCCAAUUCUUCAUGGCUAGCUAGCUAGCCCUAUUAAAUUACUAUGGAUUUACCCAUUCACUGAACCUUCUUCCAGCCAAGACAAUGGCAAUAGAGAUUAAACCAGAUAUACACAAAGCAAAUGUUUUACUUCAUAACUAUCAGCUAGCUAUAUGUGAAUCGUAAAAAUGUAGCUAACCACAUAGUGUUAAGGGUACAGGUUCCCCAAGGGGUACCCCCCCCCCCUCAACUGAAACAGUGGCGCACAGAAUGCAAAAAUAUUCUUAGAAAUAUUUAACCUUCACACAUUAACAAGUCCAAUAGCUCAAAUGAAAGAUAGACACCUUGUUCAUCUAGCCAGCAAGUCAGAUUUCUAAAAUGUUUUACGGCGAAAACAUAGCACAUAUUUAUGUCAAACCACCACCAAAGACACAGCUAAUUUGAAUAGCCAUGUUGAACAAAAGAUGCAAUCAACAAACACAGGAUUAAAAUUAAAAUAAUUCACUAACCUUUUAAAAAUCUUCAUCAGAUGAUAGUAAUAGGACAUGUUACACAGUACAUUUAUGUUUUUUUCAAUAAUAUGCUAUUUAUAUCCAUAAAUCUCUGUUUACAAUGACGCCAUGUUCAAAAAAUGCUACUCAAAUGUCCUGAGAAAUGAUGAUAGCUCCGGCAGAUAACGUCAGAUAACAAGCAAUACACAUCAUAAACUUUGACUAAAUAUACAUGUUCUACAUAUAGUUAGAAAGAUACACUGCUUCUUAAUGCAACCGCUGUGUUACAUUUAUUUUUAACGUUACAGAAUUCGUUCACUAGGCAAUAAUAUGAGACGGCGCUCAUAGAUUAGCAAUAUGUCUCCGCUAUGUUGGAGUCCACAGAAACACAAAAUUACCACAUAAAUAUUCCCUUACCUUUGAUGUUCUUCGAUCAGAAGUCGUGGAAGAAGUCAUACUUACCAAAAACUGCGUUUGGCUUUCAAGUCUGUGUCUUUGGGUUAUCAAACGCGACAAAUUCCGGCUGAAAUGCAGCCAAAAUUCUAGGGGUUGUGCAUCAAAACUUCAAAAUUACAUAUUAUAUGUCGACUAAACUGGUCAAACUAAGUGCAGAAUCAAGCUUUAGGAUAUUCUAAACGUGCAAAACAAUUCUCAUCUCGAACAGACAAACCGACAUUGUUUGGUGAAUCUUGGAACAAAGAGAGAUCCAGACGCAACGCACGCAUGACAGUACAUGUAUUUUCGCGCGACCCAAAGGUUUUAGCCCGCCAAAGGGUGAGGGUGCUCGCGAUUUUCACAAUGAAAUGCCCCAUUGAAAGGAGACAUCGCGCUGAAGAGAUAGAAACUGUUCCCAGAUCCGUAGCUGUUUGGGAAGGGUGGGGGCGAUGACGUCAAAGUUGGCCCAACUUUACUGCUGACAGAGAGAGUUUGGAAGAAUGGCUGCCCUGUGAGUUCUGCUUUACAUACAGACAUAAUUUGAACGGUUUUAGAAGCUUUAGAGUGUUUUCUAUUCAAUAAUAAUUAUUAUAUGCAUAUAUUAGCAAUUUGGGACAGAUUCUUUUUCAGUUUACUAUGGGCACGCAAUUCUUCCAAAGGGGGCAGUAUUCUGCCUAGCUCUAACUAGUUUUAACAGGCAAAAAUGACCUAAAGCUAAUGUUAUGCAAUGUAGAUGUCAAUUCUUUGUGGGUCGCUAGCUAACAAUCUUCAUGGCUAUCUGGCGAGCUAACAGUAGUAGCUAACCAGUUUGCCCUAGUGACUUAUUAUGGGCUUGCAUUCUACGAUACGUAGGCAGGUAAACAUGCCAAAAAUAACACAGCAUGUAUUUAUUAACCUAUCAAGGUAAAAUAUUGUAGUCAUGCAACAUAUGAGAUGAGAAUAGGCAACAUUUCAUUCUGAAGUCGGAGUGUAUUUUCUCUCGAUUCAGCUCAAAUAAUGGAGUUCAAGAAAUGUGUCAUUUUUUACGUGGUUGCGUCAUAUUUAUUUGCAUCAUUUCUGUUGAAGCUUGCAUCAAUGCACACUUCCAACUAUGUACAAACUCAUUCGAGAAGUGCCCUCUGUGCUCCAUUUCACAUACUUUGAUUGGGACUCAUACUCCGACUCUCCCCUUCUCCAAUUUGCGUGCUCAGAGCAUGGUAGUGUGUAUUUUGAGAAACACCAAUGCUUUCCAUGUGUUUGAUACUAUUCAAUUCACUCCAUUCCAGCCAUUAUUAGGAGUCGUUCUCCCCUCAGAUGGUCUGUGAUGCUUUACGGACUCCACGACGACAUCUAAGACACACCAUGUUCCAUGGUCCUGACCCCAUUCAGAGAACAGCUCAUCUGCUUUUCUCAACAGGAGAAACUUUAGCCACAUUCAUAGGAUGUAUCACUGACAUGGUAGCUUGAGUUCUGCUGAAACUUUUAUUUUCCUCCCCACAUCCUCUCUCUCAUCUCUGUGGAUAUUCUACAUCAGUGAUCGGCAAUUCUGGCCUCCCGGGUCUGUAGUGGUGUCACACCUUUCCCCCAUCCCUAGCAAACACAGGUGAUUAAACUAAUUGCGUGUAAACUGAAGAUCAUGAUUAGUUGAUUAUUGGAGUCAGGUGUGUUGGCUGGGGCUGGGGAAAAAGUGUGAGGACUGGAGUUAUCCCAUAUAGUAUGUAAACUCCUCCCCAAAUUAACAUAUGGGUGAAUUAGGUGUUAAAGUACAGUACAUAGAGAUACAUGACUGAAUAUACUGGAUAAGAAUAGCUUUAAGACAAGGGGGCAUAGUAUCUCUUCUAUUUCUAUUUUACUCCCCCCACCCGGGCAUGUCUGGACAGGUUGUGAAGGGUGACACAGUUUCAAAUAAAUCAAUCAAAUUGAUUUAUAAAGCCCUGCUUACAUCAGCUGAUGUCACAAAGUGGUGUACAGAAACCCAGCCUAAAACCCCAAACAGCAAGCAAUGCAGGUGUAGAAGCACGGUAGCUAGGAAAAUCUCCCUAGAAAGUCCAGAAACUAGAAAGAAACCCAGAGAGGAACCAGGCUAUGAGGGGUGGCCAGUCCUCUUCUGGCUGUGCCGGGUGGAGAUUAUAACAGAACAUGGCCAAGAUGUUCAAAUGUUCAUAGAUGACAAGCAGGGUCAAAUAAUAAUAAUCACAGUGGUUGUCGAGAGUGCAACAGGUCAGCACCUCAGGAGUAAAUGUCAGUUGGCUUUUCAUAGCCGUUCAUUCAGAGCAUCUCUACCGUUCCUGCUGUCUCUAGAGAGUUGAAAACGGCAGGUCUGGGACAGGUAGCACGUCUGGUGAACAGGUCAGAGUUCCAUAGCCACAGGCAGAACAGUUGAAACUGGAGCAGCAGCACGACCAGGUGGACUGGGGCCAGCAAAGAGUCAUCGGGCCAGGUAGUCCUGGGGCAUGGUGAUAGGGCCCAGGUCCUCUGAGAGAGAGGGAAAGAAAGAAAGAGAGAAAGAAAGAAAGAAAGAAAGAAAGAAAGAAAGAAAGAAAGAAAGAAAGAAAGAAAGAAAGAAAGAAAGAAAGAAAGAAAGAAAGAAAGAGAAUUAGAGAGAGCAUACUUAAAUUCACACAGGACACCGGAUAAGACAGGAGAAAUACUCCAGAUAUAACAUAUUGACCCUAGCCCCCGACACAUAAACUACUGCAGCAUAAAUACUGGAGGCUGAGACAGGAGGGGUACCCCCGGACAGGGCCAAACAGGCAGGAUAUAACCCCACCCACUUUGCCAAAGCAUAGCCCCCACACCACUAGAGGGAUAUCUUCAACCACCAACUUACCAUCUUGAGACAAGGCCGAGUAUAGCCCAUAAAGAUCUCCCCCACGGCACAACCGAAGGGGGGGGGGGCGCCAACCCGGACAGGAAGAUCACAUCAGUGACUCAACCCACUCAAGUGACGGUUGUGUCUCAGCCUGAAGAAGUGCCACCAAUCCCCAGGAUGUGUCAUCAUUACUUUUUUAAACUAUAUUAUUUACCUCCACUGUUUAGCAAUGUUACUGAAACCAAAGCCUGUCAAAAACACCAUGAAUGUGUGUUGAACAAAGAUGGUCACUACGAGUAUUUGCUUUGCUUUAUAAGGUACUGAAUGGAAGGAAGUCAAAGAUCGGUACAGAGGCACAUAUUACCUUGAAGUUAAUCCCCCAAAUACUGUGGAUGAGGGAAUGGAGGAAGGAGUAUGACUUUAGUGACUUGUAUUGUACAGUGUGCAUGGCUCCACCCAUGGAAGGUACUCUCCUUGGAUCCACAACAACAGAGUGGCACUCAAUUACUGUCUCAUUGUGUUUAUGCUCAGUACGUUGGCCAGGCUUUGGCAUCAGCCAUCCCAUUUGUUGUACAGUGUAGUUUGAAUGAACGUUUAGAAAAAAAGGACAAGUAGGCAAUUUAGUGUGCCUUUGCAAUCCCUAUCCCCUUUGACGGUUUCUUUCUCUGUCCUUAUCGUGAAUGCACAAGUGGUUUGAGUUAUCUGUGUUGAUCCAGCUUUGGGAAUCUACAGCCAAACUAGAGGGGCAUAAGCCAAACAUGUGUGAUUAUAUGUAACCCAAUCACAAUGCAGAGUGUACAUCUCCUUAACGAGACAACGAUCUAUGCCAAUUGAGUAAUGUACAUUAUGUAGUCAUAGUGUUGUUUUAUAUUGUACAUACACAUAGAUAUAUGCACAUGAUGUCAUUUAAUUUAAUAGACAAGGUGGUGGUGGUGUUGCUGGUGGUGUUAAGAUGUCCAAUGAGGAAAGAAAUGCCUUUUCAAAGAGAACAAGAUGGUUUGUAUUGGGCCAGGGAAGCUGAUGUGUUUUAGUUCGAUACAGGCCUUCAGGGCCUCACCCACACAUUCUCAUGUUAGCCGCUCAUUCAAAGGAGUAGGAUAGGGGGACCAGCCAGGCAUAUCCUAUCUGAAUGGAUAAGGCAUCAGUGCAGACACAGUGUUUAUUUUAGUUUCUGUGACAGUAUAGUAUAUGCCUAUUAUUGAAUUCAAUUCAGUUUCACAGGCAGCAAUCUUGUUUUCGCUAGUGCUAGUGGUGUCUCAAGACAAUGCCUGUCCAUAAUUCAUACUCAUCUAGUCCUCUGGAAGCCGCUCGCAUGCUAUCUGCCUGGUAAUGCUGUCUUUUAAUAUAGCCAUGCACUGGUCUAUUUGUGUAUUGACAGCUUCCCAUCACACACACACACACCACACAGUACACAGUGAACCGAAAGCCGAAAUAGUCAGACUUGUUAUUUCUGUUCCUUUAGAAUAAAUUUGAUGGAGGGAAUGUCGGGGAGCAUUAUGACUGACUGAUGGUCCUGCCCAUCAAAGAGAGCACAAAAAUAACCAUUGCAUAGCCCAGGAGACAAUACACACAUACACACACACAAACAGUGCUAUGUGUCUUAUCAUUCUCAAAAACAGAUGCUCUUACACAGUUUUCAAGGGAACCUGAGAGAGUAGUGGGAGAGGAGGGGACGUAUAACAAGAUUAAAAUCGAGCCAGAGCUCUAGGCUCCUCCAUUUAAAUUCCCUGCACUGCCUACAGGAGCAGCCCGGUGGAGGAUAGAAUACUUUGUCUUAAAUUCCUCCGGCUUUUUGAUUUGCCUUCCAGCAACUGGAGGUCUCAGGUGGCAAAUUCCCCAGUUUACGAGCCCUCACGUUGCUUCUCCGCAUCUGUGCCAGCUUUGUGGACUGUCAAACCUACUUCUCCAAAUGAAUCCUGAUAGGCUUUUGUCUGAGCAGUCGGGAAUUUAAACUAGGCUUUCUCUCCACCCCAGAUUUGCAACACACUCAAAAAUGGUUCUUAAAGUGGCACCACUCUAAUGUUAUCAGCAUUCAAACGUAAGUGAAAUGAUUCAUGAUUAUGAUUAUCCUGCAUUAUAUUAUAUGAAUAUGAAUCUCAUGUAGCCACCAUCUUUGUGUUCUUUAGCAGUUUUUGGGAUAAGCAGUCCAGCAUGACAGAUUGAAGCUCAGACUGUGUUUGGCCAGCCUCUGGUACAGGAACAUGAUGCAUUGUGACAUUCUGAAAGUGGAGGGGUGGAAGUCCAUCUCAGAAAGGAGGAACGCUAAGGGAGCUGCAUGUCAAAGGUCAUCGAGCAGAUGAGGGGAAUGCUUUGCUUUGAUGUAAACUUAUACCUGUAUUUGGCUCAAAUCAUGUUAUUGUAAAUAUAUAUCACAGAACGUUUUAUGACGCUUUAUUUUGUUUUCUGUUUUGGUUCUUCUGAAUCCAUGUACUUCUCACUUUUGUGUGCUGUGCUCAUCGUGGGUGAGGGUUGGGGGAUGGGGGGUUUGGCUUUGUCUAACGACCUUGUCUGGAUGUCAGACAGACAGCUCAGCACGGCAUGAUAAAAGGAAAUAUAAACCUCUCUUUACUUUUCACUCAUCUGUCAUCUUCUUCAGUCGCUUCUCUUUGGUUUUUUAAAGCGGUACAGUUUGUUUGACAAAAACAAUCCAUGUAAAUAUCACAAGUAAAAAAUGUAUAUUUUUACGACUUCUGAGUUAUUACUAUUUCCUUUGCAAAUAAAAUAUACAAUGACAAGUUA